AGUGGUUUGAAACGAACUCACAAUGAUGAACUCACAAUAUGUUUCAUAAAACUCACACUAUUCGAGAACGCAAAAUAAGACAGCAGGGGAUCAAGAUACGCUCGAGCUGCACAAGCGUGCUGGUCGUCGGCGCCGGCAAAGGGGUGCUGGAGCCGCGGCUCGCUCUGUGCGCUCUCCUGCACAAGUCCGGCAUCAGGGCUGAAACAUCGCGAAAAAUGAACCCCAAGUUCCUCAGUCAACUGCAGCACGCAGAAGAACAUGGCAUCCCGGUGGUGGUGGGGGUGGGAGAGAGCGAAGUGCAGGAAGGAGUUGUGAACGUUCGCUGCACCGCCACUCGACAGGAGACCCAGGUGCCUCGCGUCCAACUUGUUGCUCAUCUCCAGCAGCUGCUUCCUACCCUUGAAAAAUUGUAACUUUUGCCCCCUGAAAUAGUUUUUUUUUU